AGUUGGGAGGAAGGUGGGCAGAGCCGCUGAAGGAUAUCAGCUCAGGCAGAGGCGGAGAGGAGGACAGACGCAACAGAGGAGCGAGGCAGGACGGACGGGGAGGAUGAAGAGCGAUACGAUGGCGCCGAAAGAUCCACCAAAACCAAGAAAAUCGGCCAAAAAUGCCAUGCUGAGUGCUGCGGAUGACGGGGGAUAGACACACCCGGGGAAAUGGGUCUUCUCUUUGUCGUUUAACAAAUGACGUCAAUGAAGAAAGCAGAUUGUUUUACCAACUCUGAAUGGGUUGACAUUUAGACUCAUUGAUUUGAAGAACUUGGGUGAUUCACGCUGCAGUGGAGAUGUAUGAGACAUGAGAGGUUGGUGGCAAGAUUUUCAAAUUGAAGAAAAAGAAAACAGCUCUACCCCCAUUCAACUGGAUAUUGCUGAAGCGGAGACAGCGUUGAUUAACGUGAAGAUGGAAAGCGAUGUGGCAGUUAGCCAAAUUUUGACGAGAUGAAAGCUUUUUCUCUGGACUUUAGCGAUUGGAUUUUUACUUUUUUUUCUGUCUUCACAACAUGGACUCUGGAGCACCAAAGCUUGCUGUAUAUUGGACUUGUCGAAAAUUUAAUGCCUUUUUGGGGGGAAACAAAAUCAGCCUUUGUACAUUUUAUAUUCAAAUGCUGUUUUAAAUAAAGUGUAUGUCUUCGUAUUUAAUCCUUGGCUUUGUUUUAUUAGCUUACUAUGUGGAAAAUCACGAGUACAUUUGGCGCUAGAUUUUGAUAUCGUCUUGUCGUAAAUACUAGCUGCUGGAACGAGUUGGUUAUAACAAGUUUAUUUAUACAAUAAAUUAAGUUGGUUGGCACCGACUUACCAUCAGUAAUAAUCAGGAUACAUUUUUGUAACUUAGGUUGGCCAGUUAAAUUACUGGAUUACUAACUAAAUGGAGUAAAUGUCUCUUUCUGUAUUGCUCCGAAAAGGAAUUUAUUAUCCUCAGUGAUGAGAUAAAGAUGAAAAUGGUGGUUGAAAAUCUGUCAAGUGCUUUUAAUCUUUCAUUUUAUUUUAUUUUAUUGACAAAUCUUAACAAAUGCAUCAACAGCUGAGUCAGUAAUUGAAAGGUAUUGUUCUGACUACAAAUGGUUUCCAAACAUAAGACUUUUUAUAAAAUGGCUGCUGCUUGGUCUUUUUCCUGUGUGGACAGGAAGUGAUGCAAUUGGUGCAAAAUAUAUACUUUUACAGCCUCUCACUAUUCACACCUUUUAUUAGUGAGAAGAAAGAUUUCUCGUUGAGGCUUGUAUUUUACAGCUGAGAAUAUAUGUAAGUUUAUAUAAAAGUAAUUUUAAACAUAAUAAAAGGGGUGGGACUUAGGCAUCACCUGAGUGUGGGGUAAAUGGAAAUAACGUCAAUCAAAGGCAAAGCUUUCAGAGCAGGGAAGGAGCUCUAGAUGGCGGCUGAGCCUUGGGAAGAGUGCCAUAGACUUUCGUUAGACCGUUUCUCUUGCUUGUUUUUCGAUCGAUAGAGCUGGAUUGUUUUGUAAAACAUAUAGCUAUUAUUAUGCGAUCGUUUUUGAGCGGGAUUAGAUGCGUUUCGUAUGUUUUUUGUGCUGAAUAUUUGAGCUGAAGGAGCCGUCUGUGCUGGCGGAGUGCUUGUCGUUGUUUUCCAUACUGGGCUCUGGCAGCCAUGGCGCGCCUCCAUUUUUAGUGUGCUGCUGCUGCUCGCCUCUGUCGGUCUGAGCUUGUCAGUUUAUGUAGACCGUAAAGGCCUAUCACCUUUUGGAAUUAAGGCAGUUUUUGUAUUUUUAAGCAAUUAUUUUUACGGUUUACUUUUUAUUCGAGUCGGAUAAAUAUUUAAACUGCGACAGAGUGAACGAGAAUAAUAGUUCACUUACAGGCUAGCACCUUUCUUCACAUUGAAUUGAUAUGUUUACAUUGUGCAGUGCAUAAUUUACCGAUUUUCUUGUCUGUAAGUGUUAUUUUUCUAAGGCUUCAUGCGAUGACGCAGUUAAAAUUAACGGCAUGCAGCUUGAUCCGUGGGCUAUAUUGAAAGACACUGUGGAUAUUUAACAUAGUAUAAAGGCACCUGCCAUGUUUUCUGUGCCCAGUUUAAAUUUGAGAUGUAAAUAAUGAUCAUCAAGUCUAUCGAUUUGAUGUCAUUUGCUUUACUCGUGUCGCACCGCCUUGGUUUUAUCUGCCACCUGAGCAAAAAGCAGUCUUAUGGGACUUGUAUGAUAGUUCGGGCUUCCUCUUAACUUUUUGACAGCAAAUACCAGGAUAAAACAUCACCUUAUCAGAUUUUCAAGAUACUACGAUGAUGAAGAAUAAAAGUAAAAAACAGGAGGACGACGGAUCGACUCAAAGCAAUGCAUCAAGCAACUCUGCUUCAGAGGAAUCCAAUCGCUCUGCAUCAGAGUCGGGAAGUCAGUCAGAAAGCGAACAUGGCAGCGAGAGGAGGCGAUCACACAACUCAGAGUCCAACAGCUCCUCAGAGUCAGAGAGUCACUCCGAGUCAGAGAGCGAGUCGGCAGAGUCCAAAUCGCAGCAAACCACAGCAGAAGUCAAAGACAAGCCAGUUAGGAAGAAGGAGCGCCUGGCAGAUGUGAAGAAGAUGUGGGAAGAACAUCCAGAUGUUUACGGUGUCAGGAGGUCAAACCGAAGCAGACAGGAGCCGGCUCGUCUCAACAUCGGAGCUGAGGGUAGCAGUGAUUCUGAGAGUGAGAGCCCUAAGAGAAAAUCUUCACGGGCUAAGAAAAAGGAAAAUAUCUGGAAAGAUGAUGACUCAAAUGAUGAAGAAGAGGAAGAUGAGGAGGAGGAGGCUUCCAACAGUACAGACAGUGAGCAGGAAGAGAAAAAAGUUAGAUCCAGACGACUUCCUGCUAGAAGACCUCAGAGCAAAUCUUCUACAGUGAAAAAGCAGCAGUCUCAAAAAGGAAGGAAGUCAAGGAAACAGGAGUCAUCAGCUGAAGAGGAGGAGGAUGAUGACGACGACGAUGACGAUGAUGAGGAUGAUACUCCAAAGAGACAAACUCGAAGAAGGGGUGCCACAAAAGUCAAAAGCUAUAAAGAGGACCAACAUGACUUUGAAACAGACUCUGAUGACCUAAUCGAAAUGACGGGGGAUGCUGGCGAGGAGCAGCAGGACGACGACAGCGAAACUAUUGAGAAAGUUAUCGACACGAGGACCGGCAAAAAAGGAGCCAUUGGAGCUUCUACCACUGUGUAUGCUGUGGAGGAAAAUGGGGACCCAUGUGAAGGCUUUGAUCCUGAAAGUGAAGAGGGGGAGAUUCAAUUUCUGAUCAAGUGGAAAGGCUGGUCCUAUAUCCACAACACGUGGGAGAGCAUGGAUUCUCUGACGCAGCAGAAGGUUAAGGGACUGAAGAAACUGGACAACUUCAAAAAGAAAAAUGAUGAGAUGAAUUCAUGGUUGAGGAAGGCGUCUCCCGAGGAUGUGGAGUUUCACAACUGUCAGCAGGAGCUCACAGCUGACUUGAACAAGCAGUUUCAGAUUGUGGAGAGAGUCAUUGCGACAAAAACAGGAAAGACUCCGGGAUCGUCUGACUUCCCUUCUCACAGUCAUAAGACCUCAUCCUCCAAUGAACCAGAGUACCUAUGCAAGUGGAUGGGUUUGCCGUAUGGGGAGUGCAGCUGGGAAGAUGGAGCUUUGGUUAGGAAGAAGUUUCAGCACUGCAUUGACAGCUUCACAAACCGAAACUCCAGCAAAACCGUCCCCUCAAAGGACUGUAAAGUAUUAAAGCAGAGGCCGCGGUUUGUUGCUCUUAAGAAACAACCUUCUUAUAUUGGUGACGAGAACCUUGAACUGAGAGAUUAUCAGCUGGAUGGGUUGAACUGGCUGGCUCACUCCUGGUGCCGGUGCAAUAGUGUUAUCCUUGCUGAUGAGAUGGGACUGGGAAAGACCAUCCAGACUAUCUCCUUCCUGUCUUACCUUUUCCACCAGCAUCAGCUCUACGGGCCCUUUUUACUGGUGGUACCGCUGUCCACACUCACUUCCUGGCAGAGGGAGUUUGACACCUGGGCACCAGACAUGAACGUGGUGGUCUACAUCGGUGACGUCAUGAGCAGGAAAACAAUUCGUGACUACGAGUGGGUGAACCAUCAAACCAAAAGAAUACGUUUCAAUGCACUAAUUACCACGUAUGAAAUUCUACUUAAAGACAAGGGGGUCCUUGGGAAUAUUAACUGGGCAUUUUUGGGUGUGGAUGAAGCUCACAGGCUGAAGAAUGAUGACUCCUUGCUCUACAAAACUUUAAUGGAGUUCAGGUCUAAUCACAGACUCCUCAUUACCGGCACUCCGCUGCAGAACUCCCUCAAAGAGCUCUGGUCACUGUUACACUUCCUCAUGCCAGACAAGUUUGAUUCCUGGGAGGAUUUUGAGGAUGAACAUGGGAAAGGAAGGGAAAAUGGUUAUCAGAGUCUUCACAAAGUCCUCGAGCCUUUCCUGCUCCGACGUGUCAAGAAAGAUGUGGAGAAGUCUCUCCCUGCCAAGGUGGAGCAGAUCCUUCGUGUUGACAUGACCGCACAACAGAAACAGUUUUACAAGUGGAUUUUAACAAGAAAUUAUAAAGCUCUUGCCAAAGGCACCCGCGGCAGCUCCAGUGGCUUCCUGAACAUCGUAAUGGAGCUUAAAAAGUGCUGCAACCACAGUUUCCUCAUUAAACAGCCUGAGGAGGGAGAAUGGGACACACAGGAACACCUGCAGGGUCUAGUGAGGGGCGGUGGGAAGCUGGUUCUGCUGGACAAGCUGCUGACCAGACUCCGUGAAAGAGGAAACAGAGUCCUGAUCUUCUCCCAGAUGGUCCGGAUGUUGGACAUUCUGGCAGAAUAUCUCGCUAAGAAACGAUAUCCUUUUCAGCGACUGGACGGUUCCAUAAAGGGAGAAAUCCGAAAGCAAGCACUCGACCACUUUAAUGCAGAGGGCUCAGAGGACUUCUGCUUCCUGUUAUCCACCAGAGCUGGAGGCUUGGGUAUUAACUUGGCCUCAGCAGACACUGUAGUCAUCUUUGACUCAGACUGGAACCCUCAAAACGACCUGCAGGCACAAGCAAGAGCCCACAGGAUUGGACAGAAGAAACAGGUAAAUAUAUAUCGACUCGUCACAAAAGGAACGGUGGAGGAGGACAUCAUCGAGAGGGCGAAGAAGAAGAUGGUUUUGGACCAUCUUGUCAUUCAGAGAAUGGACACCACUGGUCGAACUGUUCUAGACAGCAACUCGGGAAACACAAAUUCAAACCCUUUCAAUAAAGAAGAGCUGACAGCAAUUCUCAAAUUUGGUGCAGAGGAGCUUUUUAAAGAGGCGGAAGGAGAGGAGUUGGAACCACAGGAGAUGGACAUUGAUGAGAUCUUGAGACUAGCAGAAACAAGAGAAAGUGAUCAAGGCUCAAGCGCUACAGAUGAACUUCUAUCACAGUUUAAGGUUGCCAACUUCUCCAGUAUGGAGGAAACCGCUCCUGAGUUUGAGGAGAAGCCCAUGCGGGAGUGGGAUGAUAUCAUUCCUGAAGACCAGCGGCGUAAAAUUGAGGAGGAGGAGAAACAGCGGGAGAUGGAGGACAUCUUCAUGCUGCCUAGAAGCCGGAGCUCUAACAAGCGGGCUCAGGCAAAUGAUAGCGACAGUGACGUGGGCUCCAAGCUGAAGCACCAUUCUUCAGGCUCAGAAAGUGAGACUGACGACAGCGAUGAUGAUAAGAAGCCGAAGAAGAGAGGCAGGCCUAGAGCUCGCAAAAACAAUGUGGAGGGCUUCACAGAUGCAGAGAUCCGCAGGUUCAUUAAGGCAUACAAGAAGUUUGCCUCUCCGCUUGAAAGGUUGGAGGCCAUUGCCCGAGACUCUGAACUAGUGGACAAAUCCAUAGCGGACCUAAAGAGACUUGGUGAACUGAUUCACACCAGCUGUGUGACUGCAGUCCAGGAGCAUGAGGAGCACCUCAAAGAGAACCCAGUUGAAGCCAAAGGUCCUGGGAAACGACGAGGAAUUAAUAUCAAGAUUUCAGGAGUGCAGGUCAAUGCCAAGUCCAUCAUCCAACAUGAGGAAGAGUUUGAACCACUGCACAAAGCCGUGCCCUCCAACCCUGCUGAGAGAAAUAAGUUCAAACUAACAUGCAGGGUGAAAGUAGCUCACUUUGAUGUAGACUGGGAUCUGCAGGAUGACAUUCAGCUCUUACUUGGCAUCUAUGAGCAUGGAUUUGGUAACUGGGAUCUCAUCAAGACAGACCCUGACCUCAAACUCGCUGACAAGAUUCUUCCAGAUGACCCAAACAAGAAACCUCAAGCUAAGCAGUUACAGGCGAGAGCUGAGUAUCUUCUGAAGCUGCUCAAAAAAGAACAAGACAAUGCAGAUCUGGUGAAAACAGGAGUGGAGGUAAAAGUGAAGAAGAGGAAGCCUCGGGCGAAAAAAGAGAACAAGAUUCUGAAAGAUGAGCAGGGCAAUGACAUCUCCUCCCCGCGGCUGUCUGAUAACCCAUCAGAGGAGGGUGAGGUGAAGGAUGAUGGAACAGAAAAGCCCAGUGUCAAGAAGAGACAAAAGAAAAAGGAUAACAAAGAAAACAAAGAAAAACAGGGAACACCUAAAAAGGAGAAGGACGGGGACAAAGAAAAGAAGGCUUCAAAGCCCAGAGCAGAGAAGGCUAAAGGAGCCAAAGGGAAGAAAACUCAAGGUCCGGUUCACAUUACAGCUGGGUCUGAGCCCGUUCCCAUCGAAGGAAAGGAGGAUGAUGAACUUGAUCAGGAGACUUUCAGCAUUUGUAAGGAGCGCAUGAGACCAGUGAAAAAGGCCCUGAAGCAGCUAGACAAACCAGAUGAGGGUCUGUCUGACCAGGAGCAGCUCCAGCACACUCGCUCAUGUCUGCUGAAGAUCGGAGAUCGAAUCACAGAGUGCCUUAAAGCUUACAGUGAUCCUGAACAUGUCAAAAUAUGGCGAAGGAAUCUCUGGAUUUUUGUGUCCAAGUUUACAGAGUUUGGUGCAAGGAAGCUUCACAAGCUUUACAAAAUGGCACAAAAGAAGCGAUCACACGAGGAAGAGAAAGAGCAGAAGAAGAAGGAGGAUUUCUCAGGAAGAGUAAAAUCAUUCAGACCUGAGGCAUCUGGUUCAAGUCGAGACUCCACAGGCACUCAGCCCUCCUCUAAGUCUGCGUCACAUUCGACUCAGUCAGGACCCCACGGACACCACAGAGAACCCUACAAUACAACUCACAAGCGGCACUUUGGCAGUGAUGAUCGAGGAGACUGGCAGAGGGACCGUAAAUACAACUACCCAGGAAACAGCAGCCAGCCAUGGCAGGGAGACCGGCAUCAUCCGUAUGACCCUCAUCGCUAUAAGGAUCACUACGGUGACCGCCGUCCACAUGGAGACUCGUAUCGCAGCUCUGGCGGUUACCGCAACAAUAACUCCCCUCGGAAAAGACCAUACGAUCAGUACAGUAAUGACAGAGACCACAGGGGUCACAGACCCUAUUAUGACAGGCAUCCGGACCCCAAAAGAAGACGUCCGGAUGAUUUCCGUCCUAACUACCACCAGGGAAGUGAAGGCCCUCUUCAGGACUUCAGGAGGAUGCCAGAUCACAGACCGACCGGUCCACCUGGACCAGAUCACUACGGUCGGUCUUUCCAUCCCGAUAAACCUCCUCCACUGUUGGACCCUCGUUCCCCACAAGCUCAGAAGUCUCCCCAGGACUCUCGCUCUCCGAUGGAGCGUCCCAUAGAAUCCAACGCCAUGGCAGACCCAAACUGGAUCAACAGGAAAACAUAAAGUCUGCCAGCGCAGGCUCAGAAACUUAUCUGAGUGUUUUGGUCAGGGUCAAAGCCACAUGCUGCUGCUGAUGGACGAGAGUGGACUCAUCACAGUUGAAAAGGGAAUCAAUGUACUCUCUCUUUACCAGCAAAACCAAACUGUUUGUCUCCCCAGUGAUUGUGGCUGUGAAUGAAGAAGUAUUUCUGUCUGUCUUAAAGACACAAACUACAACAUGCAUCUUUAUUUCAGUAAACUGGCUCAUCACUUAAUCACAUGGUAAGACUGAGUGGAAAGCUUAUGGAUGCUUAGUCCCAUGGACUACUAUCAGCUAAAUUUAGGAUACACAAACUGUUGAGUGAUCUCAAUCCUAAAAGUGCCUAAAAGUUUUUGGCCUUUUGAAUGGUAAAUGUAUGGGAUUAUUCCCAAAGGAACAGUGACGUGGAAAUUACUUUUUUCUUUUUUUUGUUUAGCUUUAAGUAUUGCAGAUUUGGGUACAAUAGAAUGUGUAAUGUGUUAACAUUUGCACUUUUAAAACAUUUUUCAUCAUGUAGCUGAAUUGAGUCAAAGUUUCAUCAUGUGGGUAAAAAAAAAAAAAAAGGUUUGAAUCGCUGGAAAUUUGAUCAAACAAGCUAGUAUGUUUCUUCUAUACACUCGAAGGCACGUUUCAAAAGCUAACAAAUUCACAUUUGUUAUGUGAACAACUAAUUAUGAUUUCUGUUUAGCUGUAUAAAUCACUGCAAUCUUCCUGCUCUGUUCACUUUAAUCACUUUUUCUCAUUGUGGGCUCCAUGAGAUGGAAGCUAUCUAAGCUGUAUUUAUUGCAACUUGUGCAAAUGCUCCUAACACUAUGAAUUAAAACAACCCCUUAUUUUACCUUUCAGUAUUACGAAAGUUAAAAAUGGUACUCCUUUUCCUUCAUUCAUUCACUUGUCUUUCCACAUCAUGUAAGCUCUCAGAAAUAAAGUGAUGGAAACGGUUUCUUAAUCGUUGGGUUGAAAUUGUCUCUUCACUUUGUAGAUGCUUGUGUUGUUACAGGAAGUUAUCAAGAUGUUGGUGUUGACAUUUCAUGUUAAAUAACUUCUCUCGUGCCAAAUUUGCUCUUGCUCAUGUCCUUCCCCUCUUGCCUCCCCAAAGCUGCUUCAUUGUGCCUUAUUUAUGUGUAUUAGCAUUCUGCAUUUUAGUUCAUGGACAGUACUGAGGGCAGAUGCAGGCGGAGUAUGGUGACAGUCUAAGGAAAGUGCUCCAUCUGACGAUCAUAAUUCAACUCAAAACCAGAGGGGACCAUGUAUUCUGGUAAUUCAUGUGCUUCUGUCAUUUUUUUCCAAAAGAGCUGGUGAUUUAAGGGAGUUAUGUAAACAUAAAUAUGGAGAAAUGGUGCGUGUUUUGUACUGGGCACUUAGUCAGCCUGUUACAAACAGCGAGAUCUUUUUUUUCUUCCACUUAAAGCAAACUACAGUUCCUGUGUCAUAUGUUCUGUAAGUCUAAAUAAUUUAUAUUUGUGACAAAACCACUCUUCAUGAAAAAUGUGCUGUACAUAUGUUUGGACAUAUGUAAUAAACUUUGUUAUUCAAUGAA